AUAGAGAGAGAGAGAGAGACAGAGAGGCUUUGGCAGUGUUUUUAAUAAAUGGACCAGCUGAAACCAAACCCUGCAAAUUCAUGCCCACUCACCCCUUUGACAUUCUUGCAAAGAGCAGCCGUUGUUUACGGCGACUGCCCGUCGGUUGUUUACAAUCAGACAACCUUCACAUGGUCCCAGACCUACGACCGAUGCCUGAGAGCCGCAUCCGCCAUUCAUACCUCUCUGGGAAUCCAGAGCGGCGCCGUCGUGUCAGUGGUGGCGCCCAACAUCCCGGCCAUGUACGAGCUCCAAUUCGCGGUGCCAAUGGCGGGCUUCGUCCUCAACAACAUCAACACCCGUCUCGAUGCCCGCACCAUCUCCGUCAUCCUCCGUCACAGCGAGUCGAAAGCCGUCUUCUUCGACUCCCAUCUCCGCUCUCUGGUACUCGAAUCAAUUUCUCUGCUUCCGCCGGAAUUCCAGCCACCACCACUUCUCAUACUCAUCGCCGCCGCCGAUGAUGAUGAUGUUGAUGGUGAUAUUAACGGCGGCAGGUCAAAGUCAAACACUAGUGUUGAUGAUCUCAUCGCUGAUACUUACGAAGGUUUGGUGCAGAAGGGGAAUCCAGAUUUCAAAUGGAUCUCUCCAAAGAACGAGUGGGACCCAAUGACUCUGAAUUACACAUCAGGAACAACAUCUUCUCCAAAGGGUGUCGUUCACUCCCAUAAAUCCAUUUUCAUCAUCACUUUCGAUUCUCUCAUCAAUUGGUCGGUCCCGAAGCAGCCGAUCUACCUCUGGACGCUGCCGAUGUUCCACUCAAACGGGUGGAGCUACACCUGGGGAAUGGCGGCCGUCGGCGGAACAAACAUCUGCCUCCGGAAGGUUAACCCACGUGUCAUAUAUGAGGCAAUCAAUAUGUAUAAAGUCACCCAUAUGUGCGGUGCUCCCGUGAUCCUAACAAUGCUAGCAAACCACCCACUCGCGAGGCCGCUCAAGACCCCGGUUCAAUUCAUGACAGGUGGGGCGCCACCGCCGGCGGCGGUGGUUCUCCGGUCGGAGUCUCUUGGGUUUGUAGUGAGCCAUGGUUAUGGGAUGACUGAAUUGGCCGGGGUGGUGGUGUCGUGCGCUUGGAAAUCGAAGUGGGACGAGUUUCCGGCGGGGGAGAGGGCGAGGCUGAAGGCAAGACAAGGUGUGAGGACAUUGGGGCUGACGGCGGCGGACGUGGUGGACCCGGAGAGUGGGAAGAGUGUGAAGAGAGAUGGAUUGACUCUUGGAGAAAUCGUGGUGAGAGGCGGUUGCUUGAUGCUUGGUUAUCUGAAAAAUCCAGAGGCCACUUCCAAAUGCAUGAGAGAAGACGGGUGGCUGUACACCGGCGAUGUUGGUGUAAUGCACCCUGACGGGUACCUGGAAAUUAAGGACCGCUCAAAGGAUAUCAUCAUAACCGGCGGCGAGAAUGUUAGCAGCGUAGAGGUUGAGUCCGUUCUUUACUCCAACCCCGCCGUCAACGAGGCUGCGGUGGUGGCUCAGCCCGAUGAUUACUGGGGAGAGACGCCUUGUGCUUUCUUGAGCUUGAAAGAAGGUGUCUGCCCCAAGCCGCCGGAGUAUGAGAUGAUAGAAUUCUGUAGGGCGAGGUUGCCGCAUUACAUGGUGCCCAAGACGGUCGUGUUCAUGGCGGAGCUACCCAAAACGGCCACCGGGAAGGUGCAGAAGUUCACUCUCAGAGACAUUGCCUACAAAAUGGGGCCCCUCGCAGCCACGAGUCGGAUGUAAACAGACUCAGAAAUUAAAAGCAGAUAAUAUUUUUCUUUCAUUCGUGAUUUACUUUUAUACGUUUUUCAAUUCUUUCUAUUUCAAAAGAAAACUCAAGUUAUUCGCUCCUAAAUUUUAAUUUAUUACUUGUACAAUUCAAAUAUCCUUAUUAUUGAAAGUUUAAUUUAUUUAGGAUUAUUUGUACAACAUUUUCUCUAGAUAUUACAGAAAUAAACUUCUUGUUUCAAUUUAUUUAAGAUUUUACUUUAAAGUUGAAUGCAUGGUAAU